GAUAGUUGGUGAGGCGGAAGUAAUGAAUCAAAUAUUAAAAUGGUUUAAAUUUUUGCUGUGAAUGUUGUCUGCUUGUUAAAAGUAGCUAUUAAAAAUUAUUCUUGUUUUAAAUCGCUUUUUUACGGUUUUUUUUUACGUUCUUUUGUAAAUUGAAACUAAGAGAGCACCGGUUUGUUAUUAUUGUUGGCCGUGUCAGCGACAGGAUCUGUCAGACAUACUGCGUUCACUGUUGAGCUUUAAGAAGAAUAAGCAGUUCAUAACUUCUUAAAUUACAAGUUGUAUGAUGGCAGGUUUGCUCUCUACGCAAUAUAAUUCAACACUGAGCAAGUUAAAAAAGUUAAGGAAUAACCCUGCCCUGUCAGUUCUAACGAGCACCCAACGUAAAUACAGCAGUAAGGAUGGAGCUGGCAUUGAGUAUUUACACAAAAGUGUCGUCCCGACCAUGCACUACCAGAAGAGCUUACCAAGAUUACCAGUCCCAAAACUGGAAGAUACAAUACGGAGGUAUCUGGCAGCUCAAAGACCCCUGCUGAACGAUGAACAGUACAGUAAUACAGAAAAAGUAGCACAGGAUUUCCAGAGUGGUGUAGGUAAACAGUUACACGAAGAACUUGUGGCCUUAGACAAGAAGAACAAGCACACCAGCUAUAUAUCAGCUCCAUGGUUUGACAUGUACUUGUCUGCUCGGGAGUCUGUUGUGCUCAACUUUAACCCCUUCAUGUCCUUUAACCCUGACCCCAAACCCGAGUACAAUGACCAGCUUGUGCGAGCCACCAACAUGGUGUGCUCAGCCAUCCGGUUCAUGAAGACCCUUAGUGCAGGUCUACUCGAGCCAGAGGUGUUUCACCUUAACCCUGCCAAGAGUGACACAGACAGUUUCAAGAAGUUGAUCCGAUGGGUGCCCCCCUCCAUCUCAUGGUUUGGAGCGUACAUGGUGAACGCCUAUCCUCUGGAUAUGUCCCAUCACCCCCUCCAACUCAACACCAAAACCAAACCAAAGUACAAGUGCGACGAGCUCCUUACAGGCGAUAAGGGCCGCCACCUGCUCAUAAUAAGGCGAGGCAACCUGUAUGUAUUUGAUAUGGUGGAUAGGGAUGGCAACCUGGUAAAGCCUGCUGAGGUUCAAGCUCACCUGAAAUACAUCCUAACAGACCCCACAAAAACUCCUUCGUUCCCCUUGGGCAUUCUAACCAGUGAGAAUAGAGACACCUGGGCAGGGUUACGACAGAAACUACUGGAUGCUGGAAAUGGUGAAGCUCUGCAUUUAGUAGACACUGCUUUGUUUUGCCUCUGCCUGGAUGAGGAGGUGAUGAGAGACCAUAUUCACAUUUCCCACAACAUGCUUCAUGGAGACGGCUGCAACCGCUGGUACGACAAGUCCUUCAGUAUCAUAUUAGCUAAAGACGGACAGGCAGCCAUCAAUUUUGAGCACUCUUGGGGUGACGGCGUGGCCGUUCUCCGCUUCCAGAAUGAGGUCUUCAAGGACACCACGGAGAAGCCUUUGGUCGGGCCUGGAUCCCAGCCCGCAGCGGUGGACUCUUCCUCUGCAGUACGCCGGAUAGAGUUUAAACUCAAUGAAGAGUUAAAAGCUGGAACGAAAAGCAAAGAGAACUUCCAGACCGCCGUGUCAAAGCUCACCAUAGAUGCCAUGGAGUUCAAGAAAGGUGGAAAGGAGCAACUUAAGAAGAAGAAGCUCAGCCCAGAUGCCAUCACACAGCUGGCUUUCCAGAUGGGCUUCCUACGGCAAUACGGCCAGACGGUCGCCACAUACGAGUCGUGUAGCACUGCAGCCUUUAAACAUGGGCGCACAGAAACCAUCCGUCCCGCUACCAUCCACACAAAGCGCUGUGCCAAGGCAUUCGUCGAGCAGCCUGGACAGCACACUGUGGAGCAGUUACAGGGGCUCUUGACUGAAUGCUCCAAAUACCAUGGGCAGCUCACUAAAGAGGCAGCAAUGGGUCAAGGCUUUGAUCGCCAUCUCUUUGCCAUGCGCUACCUGGCUAAUUCAAAAGGAAUGGCCCUGCACAGUCUCUACCAGGAUCCAGCAUAUACUGCCAUAAACCACAACAUUCUCUCCACCAGUACUCUUACCAGCCCCGCAGUCAGUCUGGGCGGAUUUGCUCCAGUGGUGCCUGAUGGUUUCGGAGUGGGAUAUGGUGUCCAUGAUGAAUGGAUCGGUUGCAACGUGUCCAGCUACCCAGCCAGAAAUGUUCAUGAGUUCCUUAAGUGUGUUCACAAGUCCUUGGAAGACAUUUUUACAGUACUUGAUGGAAAACCCAUUAAUUGAAAGUGCACUUAAUGUGUUGAAGUUCAUUGAAGCACUUUGUAAGUGGAGUAGUCUGAAUUUAGAGCAUUUAUGUUUUACUUUUAUUAGAUAAGGACUCAAUGUAACUGUUAAUGACAUGAUUAUCUUUUAAGGCUGAUGGUAGAACUAAUAAGA